AAUAAUAAUGUGUGGGACCAAAAAACACUGUUUAUGGCUCAAUUCUAUUUCAUAUAUGUACAGUAAAAUUAUCAAUGAAACGCUUCGUUCAAUUUGCUAAAAAAUUAUAUAUCUCUAUUCUAUAUUAAGCUUAUUGUUUAGAAGGUCCUGUGUUUCGAACAAUUAAGCACUGUUUUGUUUUCUUGAGGUUUCAUUCUUAUGGGUGUAGUAGAGAGGGUACCAAGAAGAAGAUCAAGAAUAACAAAAGGUCUAACAGACAGCAUAUGCGCUAUGAAGAUUGUGAUGAAGGUAGAGAUGAACUCCCAGAAAUCCAAAACCAAAGCACUCGAGGUUGGAAGAAAUGCAGAUGGAGUAGGCUCUGUGAGGUUAGAAGGGGAUCAUAGAGACGAAAUGCUGGUGAUUGGGAAUGGAAAUGAUGCUGUGAAGUUGGUAAAAAUUUUAAGGACCAAAGUGGGAGCAGCUGAGAUUAUCAGUGUUGGGGGAAGUCUAUUUGAGUAACAAUCAACAAAACAGCGGCAACCACGGUCUUCCCCUAUUUUAUUAUUGAUCCCGAUGAAGAUUCAGGUUUAACACUGCCUGAAAAUACAAAGAUAGAGCUUUGGAGCCACCAGGAUACUGUGAUAUCCAUAAUAAUUUUAAAAAAAAAAAAAAGUGCUUUCGGCCAUAUAAAACCAAACAGACUCUUUAAGUUCUAGGCUCAGACUCUCAGGUAAGAGAGUAGAAUAGUGGAGGCUAUUGUAUUAGUGCUACUUCAUCAAUGGUUGUCUCUUUCUAUCUAGAGCCUUUACACUCUGGAAAAGGAUUGGUGCCAUGCACAUGUGUUAGAGAUGUUAUUCCUAGGGGCCAAAACCAUUGAAAAUAUGUUUCCAGAUUUUAGAUUCAAUCCAAGUUUGGGUGAAAUCUUCUUUAAUUUUAGAAUAUUGCAAUCCCUAUCCAAAAGAUAAAAAACUAAAAAUGAUUAGGAGACGUUGGUCUUAUUUUCAUUUGAACACGUUACUUUUUAUCAAAUCUGAAUGAUUCGCUUGGUCAGCAGUCCAGUCGGAAGGUGGAAAUUCACUUUGCUAAGUAUACAUCUUUUAUUGGUAAAUUCCAUCCCAUGGUUUAAUUUAUUUGAUUGCUUUCUAUCUUGUAUUUCUAUUUUCUAUUUAUUUUUCUUGCUGAUUAGUGAUAACCAUUUUGGUUUUCAAAUUUUCAGCCUCUGUUUUCUUGCAAAACUAGCUUCUGGUGGAACUGGGUUGUGUGUAUUUCGAUGCUAAUGCUUUUUUUUUUUUUUAAUAUUUAUUUAUUUAUUUAUUUUUGCUUCUUAAAGGUAGUCUGUGUUUUGUUCUCCUUAAUAAUUUCUAUAUUACUUACUUUUCGAAAGAUCUCUACAGAAGAGAUUAGAAAGGAAUAUAAUCUAUCAUUUUCAAAACUUCCAAUUUCAACUUGGAAGUGAAAAUGGGAAUAAAUUACGAGGCAGAUAAGCUUAAAAUUGUGUAAAUAUUAAGUCCCUAUAUUGUGGGAUAUGAAAUUACUAUACUACCACUAACCACAAUUGUGUUGAUAUGCCAAACACAGAAAUACUAAGGCUUAUGACCAAGGGGAAAAAAAAAAUAAUAAUAAUAAAUAAAUAAAUAAAAUGGCACAUUGUAUUGAAAACUGAGGCAAAACUAAAAUUGAAGAAUACAUAUAUAUUUUUAUCUUAUUCAAGAUAAGGGAAAACUAAGUUACAAAACCAAGGCUUAUGACGUAGGACAAAAACAAAGGGGGAAAACUAAGGCACAA